ACAUUAGGCCACACUGGAUAGCCACUGGCACCCCUGUGAUGCUGGGUCUGGAAGGCCCCUGCUGGGUAGGCCCGGGACCUGAUGGGGGACUCACUGUGAGUGAAGAGUUUGGGAAUGUGUGGUUACUUGGCAGUGCCCACCAGCCCUGGCCCUCACACCUAGGGGCACUGAUAGGACAUAUUUUUGGCCACCCAGCAGGUGUGUGCCUUGACCCAGAAGGCAAUGUAAUUGUGGCUGACCAACAAAGGCAUCAGUUGACUCUGCUUCCCCAAGUUGGGCUCCCCAUCUGCCUGUUGUCAGAGGGGCUAGAGAGGCUCUUGGGUGUGGCCUGUUUGCUUCAGGGACAGCUGGUGGUGGCCGAUGCAGUAGACAACUGCAUCAAGGUUUAUCAGUACCUGGGGACUGAUGGGAAACCCCAAUGAGCACAGCAUGCCUAGCCAGCCCCUUUGACCACCCUGGGAGCUGCCUCCAGGACUGCUGGGUUUACCUCCUCCUCUGCGACUCUACUGUGCCUGACCCUUGCUAGACUUGUAUUUUUCUCUUGGCAAGUGCUCCAAGCUUCCAGAAACCAUGAAUCAGCUGCCUCCUGAGCCUCCCCAGCAAGCCUACAGAGCUGGGUCCUUUCCACCCCUCUAUACAGUGUGCCCCUUACCCUGUACUCAAGUCCACGGGCCCAAGUCUCAAGAGGGCUGGGGCUUGGGACCAGCAUUGGAAUUCUUGCCUAGAAAUUCUUG